AUGCAGUUAUCGUCAAUGGCGCCGUCUAAAUCUUUUUUGUUAUCUCGGGCCGAGGUUCUCGGUGUGUAUGGUGACACAUUCUUCAACCGCGUCACUUUGGUUAACAAUGCCACACCUUUGACUAAAAGUCGGUGUUGGGUACACCAAACAGCGAGCGAUAUUUGUGAGUUUUUGCCAGAAGAUCGUGUAGACUGCUCCUGUGGAUUCAACCGUCAGGGACAUGCCACCUGUGCACAAAAGAAGUAUGUGGAUGAGAUUUUAGGUUCCAUAUGGGAUAACUGCCCCGCACAAGAUCGUGCAGGUCUUGUUUCCUUUGGAACCACUAGAUGUGUAGGAUUACUGUUGAAUGAUGGCCUGUAUUUAUUCAGUGCUAUCCAGGCUUGUGGUAUGCGCACAUCAUUUGAUGAUCGAACCGCCUUAAAGAGAUCGUUGACACACACAACAGUCCUUACAGAAAGCGAUAUUGUCUGUUCUAACUGCCGAGAAGCCGCAAUGUCAACAUUGCCAAACUUUAACAAUGUUGUACUUGCUCUCAAAGGGUUGCUUCACAACGGCGACACUUCGCGAGACGGUUUGACCUUAAUGAAGAAGUUUGCUAUCAACAAUGACGAUAACAGUCUGGAACAGAGUGUAUACCACGCGUUAGAACAAGCUCAGGAUUUGGCAAAAGCAGUUGGUAUCUUGGAAGGCCUUGUCAAAAACGACAAUCAACAUUCUUCCUUCGAGAUGGGUGCGGACACAGUCCUCAUCCAGAGCUGCAAUGAUCUAGCCGAAUCACUAAUCUCGUCCUGCCGAACAGAACUGGUUGCAGUCUGCUCGACGCUUGUGGGUCAUGUUAAUGAAUACUGCCAACCGCCUCUUAAGGUACGGUUGAGGUGGAUGCGCCACUUUAUGGCGCUUGAGUAUCGAAUCGAGUUCAGUGCCGACUACUCCAAUUGUUUUUUCGACGAGAUUUCGGGUAGAUACGCCACCGAUAUCGACCGUCAGAAGGUAGUGUUACACGAGAUUGUUCAAUGUAGUCAAAUAUCUUUGGGGAAUGUCGAAGGUUGCUUUAGGUUAGCGCUACACCGUAUGAGAGAUUAUCUCGCUGUGAGAGAUUCGUUCAAUGCUAAAAAUGAGCCUGACGUAGACUUACAAUUCGGAAACGACACGGCCGCUUACACCUCGACGGACGUGGCCCCAUUUUGGUGGAAUUAUUACUGUUUCUCCAAUACCCUAGGGGAAGGUGACUCGGGCUCAGAACAUUAUACUGUUAAGAGACUAACAAGGUCUCAAAUUGUGAGGUCACACGAAGACGGCGCGUCUACACCCAUCGCGCGUAAAUCACGCCACACCCUCGACGAACACCUCGUCGCCACACACUGCGUUUCGUCUGACAAUCUUGGCCAUUCACAGGCUACAACAUUUGAAGCCCCUUCAAAUUCACGCAAGGAUUUAGGUGAUUUUCACAGGAGCGAAGGUUCGAAUAAUUCUUUGCACUCCAAGACGACACCAUGUAUGUCUCAGCGGUCGCUCAAAUCGCCUUCUAAUGAUAAGUUAGGAGACCUCAGCACAUGUUGUGAUUCUGUUUGUUUCUGUUUCAAAAACCUAGAAUCUGUUUCGACUUUUGGGCGUCAUUUUGUAGCACAAGAGUUCAGGCAACAUAACAGCCUUUGCUGUGCCAUUUUCGGGGACUCCCCGUAUUCCGAGGGUCUUGAGGACAUCUAUAAUGGAUGCCAACUGGAAGACUGGGACGAGUACAAAACAGCUACUGCUCUCAGACGAUCCAUCAAAGCGGCACUUGAGGCAAGUACCUCUUUGGGGCGAGCUUUCUUAAACGACAAGAGUAAUGCGAACAAUUUGCUUGGCAACUCGAUCAAAGUUCUGAAUACGGCGUUACUCUCUACACUGAGGCUUGGAGAUAGCUUAUACUUGUCACGUAACGCGAUGGAGACUCAUCUCGGGGACCAGGAGCAUCCUGUAAAGGAGUACUAUGACACUGGUGACGCUAUGGAAGACGCAGGGUCGGGUGAUUCAUGUUCAUCUGAGUCAACCUUGCGUGAUAUCAUUAGCAAUUCCUUUGUUUUGAGCAACAGCGGAUUCCAGGGCCUAUACAGCACUUUCGAGAACGACCAAUACAUUCAACAUGAUCUGGACGAGUCUGAAGACGCCGCAUUACACAGUCCUAAGACAACUGUUACUCACAGCCCACGGCGUAAAGAGUCAAGCCCAGCUCGUUCUCAUUCACACAAUCACAACCGUCACUCAAGCAUAGACUCCCAGGCCGAAGUGUCAAGCCGUCAGAGCCGAAAGGCCGCUCGCGAUGCUUCAAGUAGUGAGGUUUACAUUUAUGAUCUCAGCGAGCGUAAUGACGCACUGUCGGAGUCUGCUGUUGAAGAUUGGUACGAAAGUGACGGAAGUGCCCGCGGAUCACGUCGCCAAAGGCAAAAGCCCAACACAGCGUCGCUAACCGAAAUAUAUGGCAAUCACGACGCCCUCAUCCCUAUGGGACCACUGCCGAUAGGUGUGUACUUUGACGCCAGUCGUAAGUUGUGGCGUUGCCAAUGGCGGGAAAAUGGCAAAUUCCGCACAAAGGGUUUCAGCUUGGGCCAUUAUUCUUCACUUUGUGAGGCUAGACGAGCAUGUAUCCUCUUCAGAUGUCAAGUUGGAAACAUGCCUGUCCAGCCCGAGUGGCUCAACCCGAACUAUGUCCAAGUUUCGCAGUUACUCUCCAAACGCUCCACUGCUACAAGCACCAGCACAUCAACGCCUAAAAAAUCUAAGCGUAAACGCAAGUCACACGGUAGCUCGAUGGAGGUCGACCCCGUCAAAUGA